CAUGCGGCGGAUUGUGCGUAGUACACCGAUGGUUUUUGCGUGUUCCCUCGCCCUUUCUUACUCUCGCCCCUCGUGAAAAACCUUCAAGGGGAGCACGGUGCGCCUCGGAGGCGCUGCCUCAAGUGUACGGUGCCGAAUUUCAUUGCGGUGAUCCAUUCUGCUCUCGGUUGUCCACACGGUCAAUAAUGAGGGACAUGGCGGGCAAGAUCGCAGAGUUGAAGUUCGAGGCACCCCUCGCACGCUUCGAGGAGGAAGACACGGCCAGUCUGAAGAACAUGAAUCUACUGACAGAACAAUUGUUGGACGCCAGUUUGGACGGAGGCUAUAGUGAAAACUGCAACGCGAACGAACCGGCAGGGACCCAUGAGAACGGUACCGAUACCCUCCAAGAGGGUACGUUCAGCCCCUUCAGUGGCAGCCUCGAGGAUCUUGUUAAUACCUUCGACGAGAAGAUAACAACCUGCUUCCGCGAUUACGGCACGGACGUCGAGUCUUUGGCACCUGUGCAAGUGCGGACGCAGGAGGAGAUCAUGAACGAGUGCCAAAUGUGGUGGACGAUAACCGGCACUUUUGGUAACAUACUACCAAUUGACUGGAGCAAAUCGUACGCCAGGAAAAUGCAUAUGCCCGCGUUGAAUCUAAACGAGACACCGCUCUCGAACGACAGACAAGAGCUAGAGGAAUUAAGUAGCGAAGACGAGGCUGUCGCGACUGAUUUGGACAUGCAUGCUUUAAUCUUGUCCAGCAGCAUCGAUACACACUGCCCUGAGGAACAGUUGAAGACAGCGGAAGAAGUGCUCCGCGAGAUAGACGAUAUAAUGCAGGAGAGUCCUUCGAUGGAACGGUCACCAGACUCGGAUGGUUCAUUACUAGACAGCGACGAGGCGUUGGAAAGGAGCAGAGAAGUUCUUGGUUCGCCGCUCCACGAGAAAAAGUUAAAACAGCUUAGCUCCAGUCAGUUGACCGAACUCCUUGGAGAGAUGGAAUCGUUGGUGGGCGCCCUAAGCGAGACCCUGAUCGCCGAACUCGCGUUGAGAGACGAGUUGGAGUACGAGAAGGAGCUGAAGAAUCAGUUCAUCUCGUUGUUGCUGGCUGUACAAAACCGACGUAGGCAGCAUCAUGUAACGAAAAAGAGAAAUCAAAUGCAAAAUGGUACUAGUCCCUUGCCACAACAUAGAUCCCUGCAAGAAUCUAAGUAUUUGACAACUGUAAUUCCAUACCAUACGGACAGUGGUCCGCCAGACAAUCAAGCCUUGCAGGUCCUCAUAAAAAUAUUAAAAGCAAUUAACGAAGAUAGUCCAACUGUACCUACUUUAUUAACGGAUUACAUACUCAAAGUACUGUGUCCCACUUAGUGAGAAUACCGUAAGUCUCACGGGAAGGACAAUGGAAAUCAGGAAGAAAGAUAUUAAAUAUUGAAGAAUACCAAUUGCUCUCUUCUCCUUGCCAGUACGCUUUCAGCCGUUGUUGUGUCGCAUAUUCUUGCGUUAAGGCAGGUGAUUUUUGCUUCUGAGUUGUGACUCGAAUUACACUCUCUAUUGAUUGUAGAUCGUAGGUAGGGUCCCCUGACACUCGCAUCUAGUCUUACUUUAUAUAUUAUAAUGUGUAUAUUGAUUUUACGUAAGAUACAGUUCUGGUAAUCUAUGUAUACGCUCUAUGGAAUAUACCUCCUCGUCGUACAUGAAUUAUACAAUCUUCAUUUUUGUAUACGUCAUUAUGAAUUUCUCAUGCCAAUUCAGUUUUUUGUAAUUUUUUGUACAUAAAGAUUUUAUCGAAAUACGUGUGAGCGAAAUUUACUAUAUCACCGAGAAUACUUAUAUUUAUCUAGAAAAAUAUACAAGAUAACUUGUAGAUCACUCUCUGUCAAAGGAGAAUAGAGAGAGAGAGAGAGAGAGAGAGAGAGAGAGAGAGAGAGAGAGAGAGAGAGAACAGUAUAACUAAGCUUACGAAUUUAGUGCGUAUUGUUGUAAUGCCCGUAUGUAUCUAAAGUUAAAAUAACUAAUAACAUUGACGCGCUAAGAUACAAGUAUCUCGUUACUCGAAUCACACUUUCACGGAUGUGUACUUCACUCGAGACCUAUUACAUGACUGUAUGCAAGCUGGCAUUAAAAAUUCUUUGUGUACAGCAACACAGUUGCUCCAAUGCAUUGUGCAUACUCUUAGAAAUAUUGUGUUUGUUGAAAUAAAGAAAUAAA